AUGGAAACCCCAGGUGUGCAAACAGCUAAAGAAGGAGCAGACCCGAAGGGAAUUGGCAGAGAUGGAAAACAUGACAAUUCUGGGGGGCCGUUUAUGAAAUUUCAGGGUGCUGACCCAGGUCCACCCUUCCACCAGGAUCUCAUCCAAAGCCUGAGUGUUAUGAAUUCCUUCGUUGUCGACUAUUUCGAGCGCAUUGCCUCCGAGGCUUCGCACCUCAUUCACUACAACAAGCGCCGCACCAUCUCGGCCAGGGAGUUCCAGAGCGCCAUCCGCCUCAUGCUGCUAGGGGAACUGGCCAAACAUGCUGUCUCCAAAGGCACCAAAGCUGUCACCAAAUACACCAACUCCAUUUAG